GAGGCAGCGCGGCACCUGCUGAGAGAGGAAAAGCGAGAGGGAGCGGCCCGGCUGAGGGGCAGCGGCGACGGAGGAGGCUCGUCCGCGCGCGCCUCGGCCAUGUCGCUGCUCUGCGUGCGUGUUAAAAGAGCCAAGUUCCAGGGUUCACCAGAUAAAUUCAACACAUACGUGACCCUGAAAGUCCAGAACGUGAAGAGCACAACUGUAGCAGUCCGUGGUGACCAGCCUUCCUGGGAGCAAGAUUUCAUGUUUGAGAUCAGCCGUCUGGACCUUGGCCUAAGUGUGGAGGUGUGGAACAAAGGGCUGAUAUGGGACACGAUGGUGGGCACUGUGUGGAUCGCACUGAAGAGCAUUCGCCAGUCAGAGGAGGAGGGACCUGGGGAGUGGUCCACACUGGAAGCGGAGACACUAAUGAAAGAUGACGAGAUCUGUGGAACUAAAAACCCAACUCCUCACAAAAUUCUGCUUGAUGCACGAUUCGAGUUGCCAUUUGACAUCCCAGAGGAGGAAGCCAGAUAUUGGACCUACAAAUUGGAGCAAAUCAAUGCCUUUGCAGAUGAUAAUGAGUAUUCUAGUCAAGAAGAAAGCCAGAGGAAGCCGCUGCCCACUGCUGCCGCCCAGUGUUGUCACUGGACCUAUUUGGGCUGGGGAGAGCAUCAGGCCUUUGAAGACCCCGAUAGUGCCGUUGAUGACCGGGACAGUGACUACCGCAGUGAGACCAGCAAUAGCAUCCCUCCUCCUUACCACACAACUUCCCAGCCCAACGCUUCUGCGCACCAGUUCCCUGUGCCAAUGCGGUUGCCGCAGCAGCUGUUUGUUCACGGCAGCUCCCGGGACUCCUGCAAUGAUUCUAUGCAGAGUUACGACCUUGACUAUCCAGAACGCCGGGCCCUCAGCCCUACCAGCAGCAGUAGGUAUGGCUCCUCCUGUAACGUGAGCCAAGGAAGCUCCCUGCUCAGUGAACUAGAUCAGUGCCAUGAGCAAGAUGGUGACCGCCGGGAGAGGGACUCCAUGCAUUCUAGCCACAGCUAUGGAAGCCUCUCCAGAGAUGGCCAGGCUGCCCUGGGGGAACAAGAAAAGGCCUUGGAAGGAACAUGUGAGUCAGAGAAAGGGAAAACCGGUGAACCCAAGGAACUGAGAGUCGAUGCCACCAUCUACCCCCCUCCAGAUCUGGUGCUACCCAAGGACCACACCCUAGGACCCCAGGAGAGUGUUCCCGAGGAGAAUGCAUCUUCACCGUUUACCCAAGCCAGAGCACACUGGAUCCGAGCAGUUACCAAGGUCCGACUCCAGUUGCAGGAGAUUCCAGAUGAUGGUGACCCUUCUUUGCCCCAGUGGCUCCCAGAAGGGCCAGCUGGAGGCCUCUAUGGCAUUGACAGCAUGCCAGAUCUACGAAGAAAGAAGCCACUGCCACUUGUCAGUGACCUGUCUCUGGUCCAGUCUCGGAAAGCAGGAAUUACUUCUGCGAUGGCUACACGUACUUCUCUCAAGGAUGAAGAACUUAAAUCACAUGUAUAUAAGAAAACUCUUCAGGCCUUAAUCUACCCCAUCUCCUGUACCACGCCCCACAACUUUGAGGUCUGGUCUGCCACGACACCUACCUACUGCUACGAGUGUGAAGGCUUGCUCUGGGGCCUUGCCCGGCAAGGCAUGCGCUGCAGCGAGUGUGGAGUCAAGUGCCAUGAGAAAUGCCAGGACCUGCUCAACGCUGAUUGCCUACAACGGGCUGCUGAGAAGAGCUCUAAACAUGGAGCCGAGGACCGCACACAGAACAUCAUCAUGGCCCUGAAGGACCGCAUGAAGAUCCGAGAACGGAACAAGCCAGAAAUCUUUGAGGUCAUCCGGGACGUCUUCACGGUGAGCAAAGUUGCUCACGUGCAGCAGAUGAAAGCAGUGAAGCAGAGCGUCCUGGAUGGCACCUCCAAAUGGUCAGCCAAAAUUACCAUCACUGUGGUUUGUGCCCAGGGCCUACAAGCCAAAGACAAGACGGGAUCCAGCGACCCAUACGUGACUGUGCAAGUCGGCAAAACCAAGAAGCGCACCAAGACCAUUUUUGGAAAUUUGAAUCCUGUUUGGGAGGAGAAGUUCCAUUUUGAGUGCCACAACUCCUCUGACCGGAUUAAGGUGCGCGUGUGGGAUGAGGACGAUGACAUCAAGUCCAGAGUGAAGCAGCGGCUAAAGCGAGAGUCGGAUGACUUCCUGGGCCAGACCAUCAUCGAGGUUCGGACCCUGAGUGGAGAGAUGGAUGUCUGGUACAAUCUGGAGAAGAGAACAGACAAGUCAGCUGUCUCAGGAGCUAUCCGGCUACAGAUCAGCGUGGAGAUCAAGGGGGAGGAGAAGGUGGCCCCAUACCACGUGCAGUACACAUGCCUCCAUGAGAACCUUUUCCAUUACCUCACAGACAUUCAGGGCAGUGGAGGAGUCUGGAUCCCAGAGGCCCGGGGUGAUGACGCGUGGAAGGUGUACUUUGAUGAGACAGCCCAAGAAAUUGUGGAUGAAUUUGCCAUGCGCUAUGGCAUCGAGUCCAUAUAUCAGGCCAUGACGCACUUUGCAUGCUUGUCAUCCAAGUACAUGUGUCCUGGCGUGCCAGCAGUGAUGAGCACCUUGCUGGCCAACAUCAAUGCCUAUUAUGCUCACACAACUGCCUCCACCAAUGUCUCUGCGUCUGACCGGUUUGCGGCCUCCAACUUUGGUAAAGAGAGAUUUGUAAAACUGCUGGACCAGCUACACAACUCACUGAGGAUAGACCUCUCUACAUACAGGAAUAACUUUCCUGCUGGGAGCCCCGAGCGGCUUCAGGAUUUAAAAUCGACAGUGGACUUGCUGACCAGCAUUACGUUCUUCAGGAUGAAGGUGCAGGAACUGCAGAGCCCCCCAAGAGCCAGCCAGGUGGUAAAGGAUUGUGUGAAAGCCUGCUUGAACUCGACAUAUGAAUAUAUCUUCAACAAUUGCCAUGACCUCUACAGUCGCCAGUACCAGCUGCAGGAACAACCUGUGGAGGAACCAGGACCCAGUAUUCGGAACUUGGAUUUCUGGCCCAAACUUAUCACACUCAUCGUGUCAAUCAUAGAGGAGGAUAAGAAUUCCUACGCACCUGUUCUGAACCAGUUUCCUCAAGAGUUGAAUUUAGGGAAAGUCAGUGCAGAAGUGAUGUGGCAUCUGUUUGCUCAAGACAUGAAAUAUGCAUUGGAGGAACAUGAGAAAGACCGGCUGUGUAAGAGCGCUGACUACAUGAACCUGCACUUCAAGGUGAAGUGGCUCCACAAUGAAUACGUGCGGGAUCUGCCCGCGCCCCAGGGCCAGGCGCCCGAGUACCCAACGUGGUUUGAGCAGUUUGUACUGCAGUGGCUGGAUGAGAAUGAAGAUGUGUCCCUAGAAUUCCUGCGUGGGGCCCUGGAACGAGAUAAGAAGGACGGGUUCCAGCAGACAUCCGAGCAUGCACUCUUUUCCUGUUCUGUGGUGGACGUCUUUACACAACUCAACCAGAGCUUUGAAAUCAUCCGGAAGUUGGAAUGCCCAGACCCUAGCAUCCUUGCCCACUACAUGAGAAGGUUUGCUAAGACCAUCGGGAAAGUGCUGAUGCAGUAUGCAGACAUCUUAUCAAAGGACUUCCCAGCUUACUGCACAAAGGAGAAGCUGCCCUGCAUCCUCAUGAACAACAUGCAGCAGCUGCGGGUCCAGCUGGAGAAGAUGUUUGAGGCCAUGGGAGGCAGAGAGCUGGACUCUGAAGCUGCAGACAGUCUGAAGGAGCUGCAGGUGAAACUGAACACGGUUCUGGAUGAGCUCAGCAUGGUAUUUGGAAACAGCUUCCAGGUACGGAUUGAUGAAUGUGUUGGACAAAUGGCUGAGAUCCUGGGUCAAGUCCGGGGCACGGGGAAUGCAUCCCCCAACGCCAGGGCCUCGGUGGCUCAGGAUGCAGAUAGUGUGCUGCGACCCCUCAUGGAUUUCUUGGAUGGCAACCUCACGCUCUUUGCCACUGUGUGUGAGAAGACGGUUCUGAAGCGAGUCCUGAAGGAGCUCUGGCGGGUGGUGAUGAACACCAUGGAGCGGGUGAUCGUCCUGCCCCCACUCACUGACCACACAGGCACCCAGCUGAUCCUAACUGCUGCCAAGGAGCUGAGCCAGCUUUCCAAACUAAAGGACCAUAUGGUACGAGAGGAAACACGGAAUCUAACUCCAAAGCAGUGUGCCGUCCUCGACCUGGCCUUGGACACCAUCAAGCAAUACUUCCAUGCAGGAGGCAAUGGUCUGAAGAAAACCUUCCUGGAGAAGAGCCCAGACCUGCAGUCUCUACGUUACGCCCUGUCUCUGUACACACAGACCACAGACACUCUCAUCAAGACAUUUGUGCGUUCCCAAACAGCCCAGGUACAUGAUGGCAAAGGUGUUAGGUUCACUGCUAAUGAGGACGUUCGGCCAGAAAAGGGGGCUGGUGUGGAUGAUCCUGUGGGAGAAGUCUCCAUUCAGGUGGACUUAUUUACACAUCCCGGCACUGGGGAGCACAAGGUCACGGUGAAAGUGGUAGCAGCCAACGACCUCAAGUGGCAGACAGCGGGUAUGUUCCGGCCUUUUGUGGAAGUGACCAUGGUUGGCCCACACCAAAGUGAUAAGAAGAGGAAAUUCACAACUAAGUCUAAAAGCAACAACUGGACACCAAAGUACAAUGAGACAUUUCACUUCCUUCUGGGGAAUGAAGAGGGUCCAGAGGCCUAUGAAUUGCAGAUCUGUGUGAAGGACUACUGCUUUGCCCGGGAGGAUCGUGUGAUAGGCCUGGCAGUGAUGCCUCUGAGGGAUGUGGCAGCCAAGGGCAGCUGUGCCUGCUGGUGCCCUUUGGGCCGGAAGGUCCACACGGACGAGACAGGCAUGACCAUUCUCCGGAUUCUGUCUCAGAGAAGCAAUGACGAGGUAGCCCGGGAGUUCGUGAAGCUCAAAUCAGAGUCUCGUUCCACGGAGGAAGGAAGUUGAGCAUCUCUGGUGUGUGCCAUCCAGAUAGCACCAACUGCACAGACCAGUCAUGGAGAGACAGCUGUGUAGCCAGCUUAGAGAUCCUGUAGUCAAAAGGCUGGCUCUCCCUUUAAGGAGAACAGAACCGUGGGGGUAGUAAGACUGUGGCUUUUCAGAGAAGUCCUGAAUCCCCGGCCAGUAGGUCUGUGGUGCUAGAAGCAGGGCUGUGGGAGCUCCUUCAUGGAGAGAUUGUCCACAAAUAGAGAGGCACAGGCGUUUCCAGGAAUGUUAGCUCUUCCUGAAGACAACUGUCCACCUCACUUCCCACUGGACCCUUGUCUAACCCACACUUGGCCCAGUCAGACACUAUGUGCUCAUCAUUAGAAGAACAUGCUUGGAAGGCCGGGUGCUUACACCUAGAUGACUCCGUGGAGACUGGCCAGAGCAGGAACGCACGGAGUGGAAAUCACUGUCACUUGAGCAGCAGGACUGGUUUGUGUGGGUCCAGAGAGAACGCGGCUUGGAAACUGAACAAGAUACCUCCUGCAAAGGCGCUGAGCUGCUUCCUUUGCUCAGAUUAUCUGUCACAAGUCAAAGCAGGCUCACGUGGUGCUUUGGAGUCCUGAGCAGAGUAUUUGGAAUCCAAGCACCCGGGGUCUCACCAGCCCAGAGUACUCCCAGCUCUCUCCUGCUGU